UAGCAGCCUGGGAACCCGGCAACACAUUCAUAAGUUAACAAAAGUUGAGGAAGCUCAUGUCCUUAAGGCACUUGGGCUCAGGUUACAAGUUUCAAUAUCUUUGGAAAUUUUAACCUUCUGAAGAACUCAUCUUGACUGACCGAGUCUACCCAAUAGCAGCCAACGCAGAACAAGACAAAGCACAGCAUCGUCGACAUGGUACGGCCUAUCAGAGCCCCUUCUGUGAGGUGAAGCCGCGCAAGUCGUGGAGGCAGCAAACAUGGCAGCGGGCAGCUGAGCGGCCGGAACAUCCAGCAGCGCAUGCGCGGAGCUCGCGAUCGGCGCGUGCCGCAGGCGCUGCUGCGGCCUCGCAGAACUUCCCGGGGCUCCACGCGACGCCGUUCCAUGGUGGCGGCAGCCGCCCCGGCCCCGCGUCCAUCCUCGCCCCCGUGCGGCGCCGACUGAGACCAUCAUGGCUUUAGCCUUGCGGGGCCAGCGGGCCGUGUCGAUCCUGCACUUCCUCUGCUUCCUGUGGGCGGUCUUCGCCAUCACCCAGAACAUGGGAGUGCCCAAGCCCGUCCGCAAAGAGCAGCAGUACACCUACGGGGGCCACUGGAAACACCUAACCUUCCUUAACCAGGUUUUUCAGACAGUAUUGUUUCUGUUGUGUGUCAUAACUGAUGUUGUAGCUCUGUGCCUCCCUUCCAAAGAGAAGAUGGUAUCAUCUGUAGUGGUGCCUCUCAGAGAUUUCAUCUUCGCAACAUUUGUAUUCCCGGUUGGCUUAUUUGUAGUUGUGGCAUUCUGGGGCAUUUAUGCAUAUGACAGAGAACUAGUGUAUCCUAAGGAGCUGGAUGAUAUUAAUCCAUCUUGGCUUAAUCAUUCCAUGCACACUACCAUCCUGCCACUACUUUUCAUAGAGUUGUUUAUAUGUGCACAUAAGUAUCCUCAAAGGAGAGACGGAAUUUUAGGACUUACCUUCUUUGCAAUUAUAUACGUCUCAUGGAUAAUGUGGGUACACUAUGCUGCUGACAUAUGGGCAUAUCCAGUUUUAGGAGUUCUUAGUUUACAUGGAAAGGCAGUCUUUAUCUCAAUUGCCUACUCUAUGUUAGUGAUCUUCUACUUACUUGGGGAGCAACUAACAAAAAGCUUGUGGGCUCCCAGGAAGUUGGUGAAUGUGCUGAACUGGGGUUUGGAGGCACUGAUGAGCUGGAUUGAAGCAACCAAACUGAUGUCUAAUCUGGAUAAGAUGCAGAUAUUGGAGGUUAAAUUCGAAUUUCCUUUUUGGAUGUUGGAUGGAGCCAGGGAUCUAACUGCUAAAGUACUUCAUUGUACACCUUCUCUGAGGCAUCCUCUGAAAGAAAUAAUAGAACAUACCUGGGUUAAGACCAACUCAAGGAGAAUCUUUCCACCUGUCUACAACAAAACAGAAAAAUAAAUGUUUGCGCUAUAUCCUACGGGCUAGAGACUGUCAUACAUAUCUUGUCUAUUUUUCAGAUGGCUGAUCUCACCAUGACCAUCACCACAUAUGCUCUUGCUUUCCCCUUAAACCACUUUUUGUAUCUGUAAGAAGGGGAAAGAAAACUAUUCCCUAAUGUAAACGAAAAGGAAAACUUCCAAUCUUAAUUUUUAAAAAAACAGAAAUCAGUCUCACAGCAGCUUUUGUCGCCUCUUGUGGUAUAGUGAGGACUAUCCAAGUAAACACUUAAGUCAUAGGUUUUAAAAGAGAAAAAAGUGGGUUGGAGAAAAGAGCUAGAAAACCCUCAAUCCACAUGAGCUUCAAAUGUCCCUAUUUACUGUACCAGACAGCCCCUAUUUUCUGGAAACUGUCUCUAUUCUUGCCCUUUGGGGUUGCCUUUUUCAUAUGUUUGCCAUGUGAGUUGCUGCAGUCGCCAUUCUUCAUGAUUCAGCUCCCUUCCCCAGAGUAUCUUAAAAUGAAAUGCAUUGUGUCUCUGGUGCACUUGCAUGGAAAAGAGUGCACAGGGCACUUUGGUGCACAGCAGUUAGUGGGUGGAAUCCAAUCUUCCACAAUAUGUAAUGGGGUGGGGGAGGCUUGAGCAGUAAUCCUAGAUAUAAGUGGUUACAAUUUGCAUCUGUAAAACGUUGGAGGGUAUGGGCUUAGCUAAUUUGUUUUAGUAAUUUCAAGUAUCUCUACAUGCAGUUUAUUACCUGCUCUCUAUUUCUGGCAUGCUUGUUUGGAGUCAGAUCUAUAAGGUAUAUGUGUGUAUAUAUAAAAAUAAAACUCUCUAAGGCGUACCCGUGGCUAAUCCCAUGUGUGGCAGGUCUCAUGAGAGUUCACAAGCAAAAGCACCGUG